AUGCAGUUCCUAAGGAAACACCAAGGCCGCAGUUUGUUUCUUUUUUUACUGCCUCAGUCAAAGUUUCGUCCUUGGAGCAUCCUCACUCCACCCCACAGUUUUGCUUUCAUUCGACUGCUGUUGCGUGUUGUCGAUUGUUGGUUAACCUUCUAUCAGUUUUGUGUUUUGUCUGCCAGCCUGUCACAGAUCAGUUACUAAUAAACAGGUUAAAAUCCAGUUUUUCGAAACGACAUUCGACGACAGCUAGCCUUCUUAAUAUAUACAUCUGACCGGUAAUUUUGAAAAAGCACAUUAGAAAACAUGCGUCUGUGGGUCAAACAUGCUCGCCAAGUCGUCCGUGUUGUUUCCGAUGCUGAUCCGUGCCGAGAAUAUUUGGCUGGGACUGCUCAAAAGAACUGCACACUAGCUAUUUUGGAGGAGGAAAAUGGCAAUGGACUUUCUAUUAUCGUUGACCAGGAUGGACUUAUUGCUGAUAUUGGCUACGACGACGUGAUGGAACUUAAGUACAAGGAUCACAUAGUUGAACAAAUCAUUGACGCUUCAGGUCGCACUGUUCUGCCUGGAUUGGUUGAUGCUCACACACAUCCCGUCUGGGCUGGUGAUAGAGUUCAUGAAUUUUCCAUGAAGCUUGCGGGGGCGACGUAUAUGGAUAUUUAUGAAGCUGGAGGAGGUAUUCAUUUUACCGUCAAUCAUACUCGACAAGCCACCGAGGAUGAGCUAUACAGUCUUCUUAAACAGCGGUUGAUGCGCAUGCUCGCCAACGGGACUGUGUUGGUUGAAGGAAAAUCUGGAUAUGGCCUGGAUACUGAAAACGAAAUUAAAAUGUUGCGCGUCUUGGAGCGAGCUAAACGUGAAUUACCCAUCGAUAUUUCGUCAACUUUUUGCGGAGCUCACGCUGUGCCCAAGAAUCAAACAGCAGAGGAAGCCACCGAGAAUGUAUUAACUCAGCAGAUACCUGAAGUGAUGCGUUUACAAGAAAUGGGAGAGCUACACGUUGACAGUAUUGAUGUCUUUUGCGAGAAAGGUGUAUUUAAUAUCGACCAAUCACGCAAGAUCUUAGAAGCUGGAAGGCAGGCCGGUUUGCGUCUCAAUUUUCAUGCAGAUGAACUGACGCCAACAUGCGGAACAGAGAUGGGAGCUUCUCUGGGUGCCGAAGCUAUGAGCCAUCUAGAAGAGAUCAGUCAAGAAGGAAUUGCUGCAAUGGCUGUGAAACCUUCUGUUGCAGUCAUCUUGCCUACUACAGCAUAUCUUCUUCGCUUGAAGCCUCCGCCAGUUCGACAGAUGAUAAACCAAGGCGUACCGGUAGCACUUGGCUCCGAUUUCAAUCCCAAUGCUCACUGCCUUUCCAUGCCGUUGGUGAUGAAUCUCGCUUGCGUUUUGUUUGGGAUGACUUUACCUGAAGCUUUAGUCGCUGCGACAAUUAAUGCAGCUGCUGCAUUGGGUAAACAGAAAACCCAUGGCUCUCUUGAAGUAGGGAAAUACGGAGAUCUGCUGAUUUUGAACGCACCGAGGUGGGAACACCUGGUUUAUCAAAUGGGGGAUAAUCAACAGAUAAUUGGACAAGUUAUAAAACGCGGUCGCGUAGUUGAUCGCGAAGUUUACUAAUUAGCUGCUAAUUAGUUACCGGUAUUGGAAUUAUUUAAAAAAAUUUUUUCUGUUGAAAUUUGAAGUUGAAAGAAAAUUCAAAAUCAACAUUUCUAAGUAAUUUUUAUCUAAAAUAAUGUUUCAGUAGCUAAGAACAAAAUCCAAAUCCAGAAAAUGACGAAAAUUAAAGGCUGAAUAUGGAUGAAAUAUAAAGAAACUGUAAAAUCUGAGAAAACAAUA